AUGAUGAUGGGCUGGUUUUCGCCCUUGACAUACCCUCUGUCGCUCGUUUUCGGCGUUCUACUCCAAUUAUUGUCCUACUUGCUAUCAUUCCUACUCUUCCUCGCAUCACCAGUGAUCUACCUUGGACAUGUUGUUUUAUACCUGACUCUGCUUCCCUUGCGAAUUCUCAUCAGAUUGGAGGCAUUCAUCUAUUUCAUGACCAUGGCCGUUCUCAUUGGAGCUACUGCAGGCAUGCUUCUAUACUUCACCGGAACCACCAUAACGCAAGCCUUGCACAUUGAAGGAUCAAAUGAAAUACGAAGACCUCGUAGGAAGCAGGAGCUUCUAAAUUCUGCAUCUUUGAAUCCAUCCUUCGACUACUUUGAGGCGCAGGUGGAGGAGCGCAAGUUCCUACCUUACUCGACGAUUUUAGAGGAAGAGGAGACUAGCUAUGGGUCAAAUUAA